GUUGUUUGCCAGCCAUGAAGUACCUUUCAUUGUCUUUCCUAUUGUGCUGCCUGGUGGCCGGAGUGUUGAGUGCCCCCCAGUUUGGAUAUGGAUUCGCACCAUAUGGAGGAUACGGAGGAUACGGAGGAUAUGGAGGAAGCUAUGCCUCCGCCUCUGCCAGCAGCAGUGCGGGAGGAUAUCAAGGAUUCGGAUACCCAGGAUACGGGGGAUAUGGAGGAUACGGAGGAUUUGGUGGAGGAUACGGUGGAGGCUAUGGGCAGCAAUACAACCAGUUUAGCAACUACAACAACUACGGAUCUUCUGGCUACUACGGCGGUUACCCAUUCGGCAGAUGAGUUGGGAAAAAACUACUCGUAGCUGCUGGAAAUUUCUGUCCCUGUUUUGUUUGAUUUCUUUAUUUGGCUUUUAAUGUGAUGGAGGUCAAUAAAUCGAAAAUACCCAAAGUGAU